GCACUAUCUUUGACUAUCAUGGAUCCUUCAUCAGUGACCAGUGAGACUGAUCCUCCUAAGGCAGAAGAGACAGUGAAAUCAGACAGCAAGACUGAGGAAGAAUCUUCUUCAUCAAACCCUCCAGCUGCUACAGAGACAGGCCCGCCACCUCACGUUGUUCAAGAGAGCUGGACUAAACUCACAAGAGAUGAACUGGUCGACAAGAUCAAAGGAGUUAUAUAUGGACACGCAAUAGGGGACGCCAUAGGUCUUGCUACAGAGUUCAUGACAAAGGAGCAAGCUAAGGGUACUUAUGGAGCUAAAGGACCAUCAGGUUAUAAAGAUAUAGUCCCGGACUUUCACCGCUCAAGGUGGGACCAGGGAGACUGGACUGAUGAUACUGAUCAAAUGCUGCUCAUCCUGUUGAGUGUUGUUGAGAACAAUGGUAUAGUGGAUGAGAAGGAUUUCGCUAGAAGACUGAGGGACUGGAUGCUGAAGGGCUUCCCUGAGCUGGGAGACCCAGGUGGAUUUGGUAUCGGAAUGACAGUAUCCAAAGUUUUGCAUCAUCCUUUGAUACUAACUGAUCCACACGCAGCUGCUAGAGAUGUAUGGGAAAGCUCUGGGAGAUAUUUAGCUGCUAAUGGAGCCGUUAUGCGUACCUCUAUACUUGGGGUACUUCAUUUUAACGAUUUAGAAAGAGUGGUCUCCAAUACUUGUGCCAUUUCUCGUGUUACUCAUGCUGAUCCAAGAUGCACUGCCAGCUGUGUCGCAAUGACAACUGCUAUAGCACUCAUGUUGCAAGGACGCUAUGACUUAAGCAAGAAGGAUCAAAUGAAGGCUCUAAUUGAAGAAUCAACAAAAGCUGGUAUCAAGCACAUUGAGUUGAAGGCACAGGAGAAAGAGUUCCAGGACCACAUUAAUGCUAAGAACCUCAAAGCGCUUAAACUGGAUGAGCAGAAGGCGAUAGGUUAUACCUUCAAAGCUCUUGGGUCUGGAUUCCUUGGUCUUCGAACUGGGACUGACUUUCGUAAAUUCAUAAUGGAACUGAUAAUGGAGGCUGGAGACGCAGACACCAAUGGAGCCGUGUGUGGCGCUAUGUUAGGCUGUAAGGUUGGUUUCUCCAAACUUCCUCAAGAUCUCCUUCAGUUUGUCCACAGACAGUGGCUCGAUGAGCAGGUGGAUAAAUUUAUGGAACUUAUUGGAUUGAAAUAAACUAUAAAUUUUUUAAAAUUUGCAGAGACCAAUAUUAUUUUUUAGAUAUAGUAUAAUAAUAUAUUUUUUAUUGUCAUCUUUUUAAAACAAUUGCAA